AUGACUUCAGGCAAUGAAGCGACGAUCCCAUCUGUUCCGGUCAAAAACGUUGGCGAAUCCGGUAUCUCUUCCGGCCAGCCGAUAUCAACAAAACCAGAAGACCCACCGGUGGCAAAAUCGAGGGCGAUCAAACCAAGUCCAAAACGCGGUUCCUCUUCCGGUGUCAACCUCGACGGUGGGCGCAACCUGGCCGGUGCGCGCAAAGUAGCCAUCUCUGCCGCCGCCAAGGGGAAAUCUAUCGUCUCCGGCGACGCUGGGAAGGGGCUAACCUUCAAAGACGUUAGGCUGAUUCACUUCUGGGAGGUCUGGAAUCCCGUGUCAAAGACGCUCAUAGGCAUCGAGAUGCUCCUCAUUGAUGAAGAGGAAAAUGUGAUCGAGGGUUUCAUCCCGCAAGGAAUGAGUGCUACUUAUUUGCCUCACCUGAAAGCUGGUGCUACUUAUCGGCUCAACAGUUUUUUUGGGUCGCAGAGCAAAAUGAUUUACCGUGUGGCUGACCCAACCGUCACCAUUAGUCUCUCAUGGAAUUCCGUCCUGUCUGAAUUCAAAGAGAGCUCUGUCUGUUUUCCUGAGGAUAGGUUCCGUUUCCAUGACCAUAAAGAAUUUGAUGCCGCCGCAGAUAAGCGAGGUGAUCUUUAUGAUUACAUUGGCCACAUCAAACUUGUGAAUGGGGAGGUUCCCAAUGACAAACUUAUCAUUGACGAAGCAGGGCUAGCUGCAUCUCGCCGUCUUGACCUGCACGUGCAAACACAUGACCCCUUCGAGUUCUGUGACAAGUUCAAAGCAUCUGGAGGCACUGCAAGUGUUAUCUUGGUCACUGCCUUGAAUCCGAAAUGGUUUGGAGGCGUUUUAUCUCUGUCUUCUACAACGGCUUCAAGGGUAUUAAUAGAUGUUGAUAACCAAGAGACACGCUCAUAUCUCAGUUGGUUGGAAUCGAACUUCGAAGUUGCGAACAGGGUUGAUGCAACAGUGGUGACGAAACCUGAGACAGUGACUUUGGGUGAUCUCCUCACCUAUAUGAAGCAGGAAUCCGCAAAGGUUGCUUGGUUUGAAUGCAUAGCAACUUUUGAUGAUGUUGUGCAUGGCUGUCGUGAUUGUCAUACCAAGGCAAUCAAAGGGCCAACAGCUCUCAUGUGUAAGAAGUGUGGGAAGCAUGAAACUGAUGCUGUGCCACAGUACCACUCGAAGCUAUCUGUGUAUGACCAGAAGGAUCAAGCUGUCUUUGUACUUCUCGGUGAUGCUGGUGAGGAGUUGACUGGAAAGAAAGCUGCUGAGUUGGCUGACAGCUAUUACCAACUAAACGAAAUUAAAGAAGAGGAUCACAUUGUCCCAGUGCCUCAGGCUCUAAUUAGUACCAUAGGACAAACCAGGAAAUUUGUUGUGAAGGUAUCUGCCUAUUAUCUCACUGGCAAGUCCCAGAGUUUGACUGUGACAAAAGUGCUCCCUCUUGAGGAGGAAGAACACGAGGUGAACAUUGCAGCUGAAGAUGGAGAGGCACCUGAAAACGCUAUGGAGGAUCAAGCUGAGGAGUCGGUGAAAAGGGGUGCUGAUGUGAUUGAGGGUGAAGAAGCCAAGCGUUCAAAGCUUGGCUAA